CAGCUUUUAAACACAAUAAUGAGCAAGAAGAAGACUUUGGAUGGACUAAGUAACCACUUGGUUGUCAAAUGGUUGCCAUCCCGUCUAACAUGUAGGUAUUCGCACAGUGGUCCAUCUUGAUUCAUGCACAAGAAACAGGAGAAAUAAAGAGGCUGUCCCUUCUUAAUCCUCAAUCGACGUCGAGCGUGUACGGGUUAACAGUCAUAAAUCCCUCCUUGAGCUCCGUCUUUAUCUACGAAGAUACUUGAUUCAGACAAGAUGAAGAAGAAGUGGUAAGUCAUGGUUAUCCGCAUCUCACUCAGAUCAACAUGACCACUCAACCCAUUUGGGCAUUUCUUCUCCACCUUGCUCCAAUCGAGCUACUGAAAGCAGCAGAGCAGCUCCAUGUGGGAUUUCGAACUUUAUGCAUGUGGCCUUGCUUCCCUUAUUCUUAUCCGACCCUUGUAGAUGAUGUUUGUGGGAUAUCAACUAUCUGUACUGUACUAUACAGAGCAAGCAGGAGAUCAUGAUGUCGUAUGAGCCACAUUCUGUGCAUCUUUGUCUGCUCUAUGCCGACAUUGAGAAGUAAAUACGGAAGAAAAUUCUUUGUGCAAACUGGUUAUCUUCGUCCUGUUUGAUGGUAUUCCAAACUGACUUUUUGUCAGAAUAAUCAGCUAAAUUCAAGAACACGGCAAUUCAAGUGGUAACGGAUGAAUAUUCAAGUCUGCUAGAAAUCCAUCAGCCCACAUGACCUUGCUAGGAGGGAAAGGAACCCCUCUGACCCACUCAUCCAUUUUCAACGUUCUCUUCUCCGAGCCAGAAUCUGUCAACGCCGUCGCAGCAGUGAAUUCUAUCUCUCCCUUGAAGCUCGAGCAAAGAAGAUCGACGACCACAAUGAAGCAUUUCAUCCAUCGGAAGUAGUUCUCCGAUGGCAUUCAAUGUAUUGAGCCAUUAGUUGCAGAGUGGUUGGAAUUCCUCCAAAAGCUUGAUGGUUCAAUGACCUGGAAUAGGUUGUCCCAGAGCUAGCGGUAGGUUUUUAAUGCAUUGAAUCACUUCCGUCCAAAGAUGGGCUGCCAUUUCUUGAGCUUAUAUGACUGGCUGAAGGGUUCCCUGAGCAAAUGCAGAAGCUGAGAAGUCGGAGAACGAAAGAGACCAAAAUGGCUUCCGAGCGGCUCGGAAGUUUUGCCGGCGAAGACCAAGAUUUAGAGAAGCAAAUUGGGUGCGUUGCCGCGAUCUUUCAGAUGUUUGACCGCCACAUUCUCCUCGCGAGGCAGCAGCGCAAUCGCCACCAGCAUAAGAAGAUUCCUUCAGGUCAUGCACUUCUGAAGAGCAGCAGGCAUGAGACAGAGGUAAACCCCUACUCGUCAGGGAUUCUUCAGGAGAAAAAUCUGGCCAAGAACUGGUACGAAAAUGAGAAAGCUUCGAUGGAAUCUUCAAGAGCCUCUUGCUCCUCCUUAUCCAGUUCCUCGUCUUCUCUGGAAUUCGAUAAAUCAUCUCACAAAGACGUGCAUUCCUUUGAUAAAACGUUCUUUUCAGAGAGGUCUCUGAAGAACUCGUCGAGCUGCAGGAGUUCAGUUACCAGUCCAGCUGCCAAGUCCGGCCGGCGAUCCCCUGAUUUCACUAUCAAAACUUCAUCCGAUGGCAAGCUGAAAAACCAUGCUUACAAGCACCAAGACUCCCCCAGGCCUUCAUUCUACCCCGCGGACAAUAUGCCUGCCGAUCUCAACGAAGCAAUUAGAGUUCUGAUCGAACUUAAAAAAGCUCCUUGGAGUUUUGCUGAUCGCGAAGCAAAAGAUGCCUCAUUGGCGCAGAUAUUGCAGAAGAGUCCUAGGUUCUCGUGCGACGAGAGGGAGCUCUCUAAUUCUUCUGCUAAAAUCAGAGAGCCGCCGAGACUGUCGCUGGAUGGCAGGCAAUGUUCUCGAAGGAGUACUUCCGCCAUUGUUUCCAAAGCAAGUUUAACUCUGGAAGACUUGGACAAAGCCAACACGAGUCCCUGCCGGAAUAGAGCUUCCAAUCUGCUUCAGGAUCUUAGUAGCCAAAAGAGGCAUCCUGGUGUUGUCGCAAAGCUCAUGGGCAUAGAAGACAUGCCUGAAUUAAGCUCACCAGCUCAAGUAGCAGUAAUAAGAAGAAAAAUGAAUGCAAAACAUGAUCAAGUUUCUCAAUCCGAUCGAAGAAGAGAGACGAUCGUGGAAAAGCCAACAGAAGAUCUGAAACUGACGUCGAGGAUCCUAAGUGAAGCAACUCCUUGGGUGGUGCAACAGGACAGGAGCCAUAGUGCAAACAUGACCAAAACUGGGUCCUUGCAUAAGGAAAUGCCGAGUGAGGAUCUGAAGCUUUUCAUGCAUAUGGUGGACGAGAUUCGGGCCCAGAGGCUGGCAAAGAAUACUACUCCCACAGGAAACAAUCAGAGUGUGAGAUCGCCAAAGGUCAGAAAAUGGCCAACAAAAGCAGGGGAUGAUCCGAGAUCCUUCGAACCUCCAAUUGUAAUUAUGAAGCCUUCAAAGAGUAUCAACAUGGCAGAUGCUUCAAGUCACUCAAUAAUUCAAUUGGAAGGCCUACCAACUCUUCCUAAGCUCCACACUGGUAUCACUGACGGAGAACUGAGUCAUAAGCAAUUCAUUCGGAGGUCUGCCACAAGUAAUUAUUCACUCAGAUGUCAAUCAAAUUCAACGCAGAUUCUGGGAAAAAACGAUGGAAUAUCACUUGCAACUCCAAGCACUUGGAGUCCCAGAUCUCAGCAAACGAAAACAAACUCAGUUUCUCCAAGAGGCAGAUUUAGGUUACAGCAAUCACAAGAACAAAAGAACAGAGGCCACGUUGAUGAAAUUAUCUCUGGGAGAAAGAUUUCAAAUUGCCGGGAUGAUGAAUCUUCACCGGCUUCAAACAGAAGCACUAGGUCUGCAUUACAUUCGACUGUUCUGCAGCAAAGCAUCCAGAUACAAAAGAAAUCCAUACUAUCCAUGCAUCAAGAUGCAUCAGAAACAGUUGCUUCAUUCUGCCACGAUGAGUUUCUACCUUCCCCUUUGAAGAAAGGCUCUUACACAGUCCAAGAUGAUGGACCGUGCACAUUAAAUUCAUUUCAAGAUAAUAGGAAACUUGCACAGCACAAAGUGCUGGGCUCAAAUGAGCACGAGGAACGCCAAAUGUUCGACUUCAUCAAGCAAAACCCAGACAAUAAGUAUGUUUCAGACAUACUUCUUGCAGCAGGAUUUUUAAACAAGGAAAGUGCGAUUCCACUUCAGCAACACAUAAAACCUGAUCUAUUUAGUGUUCUGGAGAAACAGCAUGGGCAACAGAAGCCCAGUGCAGAGAAGAAUCACAGGAAGCUUGUUUUUGAUGUGGUCAGUGAGAUCCUAGCUCACAAGAGGGGAGAGCUCGUCUACAAGAAUCCUUGUGAGUUCUUUCUGCCGAGAAGAAGAAUGUUAAAUGGGCAGCAAUUGGUGGGAGAAAUAUGCACUGAGAUCAAAGGACUUCGAGCUAUGAGCACACGGUGGUCCACCACCUCCGAGGAUUGUGCAGAGCUGAUAUCAAGUGAGGACAUUCUUGGUCGAUCCGAAGGGUGGGAAGACUUUUGCAUGGAGAAAAUAAGGGUGCCAAUGCAGAUUGGAAGGUUGAUAUUUCAGGAUUUGAUCAAUGAAAUUGUAGGUGAAGCAAACUAAAACAUGCAACUAGUUUGUUCUAUCAAUUUUCUUUUUUCAUUUUAUAAUAAAAACCUAUUUUACUCA